AUGGGGAGGGCAGAGGGCAGCGUGCUCAGCUGUGGCCCCCACACCGAAGCCUGCUCCAGCAGGCUGGAGGUGUUGGGUGGGUGGGGAGGGUGGGGGAAGGUGUCCGAGCGGGGUGCUGGGGGGGUCUGCAGCAAGGAGACCCCUGAAUCCAGCCCCUGCCUAACGCGGCUGUGCUCUCCCAUUGCAGAGAAGACGGGGAAGGUGCUGGGGGAGUUUUGCCGGUGCUACAAGGAGCAGUACGGCGUAGCUCUCUUCAACAGCGUCCGCUAUGAGAUCGAAGGCAACGGAGGGCCACAGGCCCAGCUGCUCCACCGCAAGGUCCCACUGGAGGACCACGUCAUCUACUCAGGCAACCUUUUCCAGUACAUCGAGGAGAACAAGAAGUGGAGGAACCGCUUCUCUGUGGUCCCGCACAACUACGGCUUGGUCCUCUACGAGAACAAACUGGCCUAUGAGCGGGACCUGCCGCCCCGCGUACUGGUCAACAGCGCUGGCUACAAGAUCCUCACCUCCGUGGACCAGUACCUGGAGCUGGUGAACAGCAGCCUGCCUGGCGUGACGCCUAAAUCGGGGCAUUCCCCCAUCCUGAAGUGCCCCACGGAUUUCCCCCUCAUCCUCUGGCACCCCUACGCCCGGCACUAUUACUUCUGCGUGAUGACGGGCAAAGAGCAGGAGAAGUGGCGGGCGGUUUUCCAGGACUGCGUGCGACACUGCAACAACGGGAUCUCUGAGGACUCCAAAGUGGAGGCUCCAGCCUUCACAGACGCCGUCCGCAUGUACCGCCAGUCAAAGGAGCAGUACGGCACCUGGGACAUGCUGUGCGGCAACGAAACCCAGGUCCUGAGCAACCUGGUGAUGGAGGAGCUGCUCCCCGAGCUGAGGACCACCAUCGGCCCCCGGCUGAAGGGCAAGGCUCAGGAGCGCCAGCGGACCUGGAUCCAGAUCUCGGAUGCCGUCUAUAGGAUGGUCUAUGAGCAGACCAAGGCCCAGUACGAUGCAGCAAUGGCCAAGUGCGAACAGGAGCGGCCCCAGAUGGAGAGCACCAUCCGCACGGACAUGGACCAGAUCAUCACUUCGAAGGAGCACUUGGCCAGCAAGAUCCGAGCAUUUGUCCUCCCCAAAGCGGAGGUCUGUGUCCGUAAUCACGUCCAGCCCUACAUCUCCUCCAUCCUGGAGGCCCUGAUGACCCCCACAAGCCAGGGCUUUGCUGAGGUGCGGGAGGUGUUCUUCAAGGAGGUGACGGACAUGAACAUGAACAUCGUCAACGAGGGUGGCCUGGAGAAGCUGGUGGAGUACAUGGAGAAGCUUUCCCACCUGGCCUUCCACCCCGUCAAGAUGCAGUCGUGCUAUGAGAAGAUGGACCAGCUGAAAUUGGAGGGCCUUCAGCAGCGAUUCGAUGUCUCCAGCACGUCAGUCUUCAAGCAGAGGGCCCAGAUCCACAUGAGACAGCAAAUGGACGAUGCCGUGUACACGUUUGAGACGCUGCUCCAUCAGGAGCUGGGGAAGCUGCAGGGCAAAGACGACUUGUGCAAGUCCAUCCAGCGCAUCCUCGAGAGGGUGCUCAAGAAAUACGACUAUGACAGCAGCACCGUGCGGAAGAAGUUCUUCAGGGAGGCCCUGCUGCAGAUCACCAUCCCCUUCCUGCUGAAAAAGCUGGCGCCGACCUGCAAGGGGGAGUUAGCCAAGUUUCAGGAGCUGAUCUUUGAGGACUUUGCCAGCUUCAUCCUGGUGGAGAACACUUACGAGGAGGUCGUGCUACAGUCGGUGAUGAAAGACAUCAUGCAAGCUGUGAAGGAGGCGGCCGUGCAGCGGAAGCACAACCUGUACCGCGACAGCAUGGUCAUGCACAACAGCGAUCCCAACCUGCACCUCCUGGGCGAGGGCAUCCCCAUCGACUGGGGCGAGGAGUACAGCGGGCAGCCAGAGGCCGAGCCGGCUGCCGACAAGCGCCGCAGGGCCAAGCAAGUGGUGUCAGUGAUCCAAGACGAUGAGGGGGUCCUGCCCUACAAGGUGGACGCCGAGGCGCUGCUGCAGCCUGGCUCCCCGGAGCCGCAGGAGACGGAGGAUCCGGACCCUGGGGCACCGCCGAGCUCCCCAGAUGGGGUGGAGGAGAUCCGGGAGGUGCUGGCGAAGGAGAGCCUCGGGGAUGGUGUCGAGGCGGAGGAGCGGCUGACGAACGGUACCUAUGCCACACGGGAGAGCGGUGCCACCGAGGAGGUGGUGGCGGCGGCAGGGUCUGUCCCAAGUGAUGUAUCCCCCCAGGGUCCGGCCAGCGAGGGGGAUGGGAUGCACUGCGCUGCACCAGCAUCACCUGCACCUGGAGCUGAGGUACCAUCAAAGGCUGGCGUGCACCAUGCCAUGCCGGCAUCACCCAUGCCCGGAGCUGAUGUCCCCUCAGGGGCUGGGGUGCCCCACACCGCACCGGCAUCACCCAUGCCUGGAGCCGAUGUCCCAUCAGGGACCAGCGUGCAACACGUCGCACUGGCAUCACCCAAACCCAGAGCUGAUGACCCAUCAGGGGCUAGGAUGCCUCAAGCUGUGCCGGCAUCACCCGUGCCCAGAGCUGAUGUCCCAUCAGAGGCCAGGGUGCUCCAUGCCACAUCAGCAUCACCCGCUCCUGGAGCCGAGACCCCAUCACCGUCUGCCGGGAUGGCUUGCCACCAGUCCAGUGACAAGGAGACGGGCGAGGAGGUGGCCCCUCCGGGCGGCGAGUGCAGCCCCCCGCAGCCCGCAGACACGACGGAGAGCGGCGAGGGGGUGCAGACUGAGUUCUAG